CUUUGCUUUGGGUUUUUUCCAUUCCAGCCUUUGGAUGGCGAGAAGCCCGCUUGGCAAGCAGACUCCGCUUCGGUUGGAAGAGCUGCGGCUCACCGAGGAUGAGGAGCUGCUCCGUCGGGCGUCCGUCUCUUUGGCAUCUCUCUCUUGCGAGUGCCUGCUGGAGCUGCUGCGGGGGAACAACGGAGCACACGUGAAGGAUGUAGACUUUGAGGGCACUGUUGAGCUGGAGGCGGAGUCUCUGACCGUGCUGCUCCGCGGGUCUUACGCUCAAGAGGGGCGUGAGGCACAGCUCCGGGCUCCGCUGGCCCUAAAUGAGGCCGCCUUCCUGGGCGUGGCCGAGCUGCCGCCCGCCGGCGCGGCUCGCGCCAGCUGCAGCGCCUGGGCGCGAGCCAAAGUCAUAUCCCAGCAGGACUUUCAGUCUGUGCUGCAGAAAUUUCCGGAGGAGGCCAAGGUCUUCGACCGCUUCUCGCGGGAGGCCACCUUCUUCGCCGUGCCCGGUGUGCCAUUCUGCCGUGUGCAGGAAGCGGCGGGCAAGAGGCUGCUGGCCUUCUUAGAAGCUGGCCGGGAGUUCCAGUCUUGUCAGCGGGACUUCCUUGUUGACCUCUGCAGCGAUGCAGAGGGCGUGCUGCUGGCGCCUGGCGAUCUGCUGUCUGGUGAUCUCCAUAUCGUUCUUGCGGGGCGCAUUCAGGUGGAGUCUGCCAGCGGCAUCCUGCUGCGCUUUGCCGGGCCCGGCGAGGUCCUGGGCGCCCCGCCCGCCGACGCCGAGGCCGCCGAGGCCGCCGAGGCCGCCCAGCCGACUGCCGACGCCGGCGGCGGCGCCGCGGGCGGCGCGGAGUGCCAGGGCCGCGCGGCGUCGGCGUCCCCCGCCUUCUGCGCGCGGCUGGCGCCCCAGCGCGUGGCGGCGGCCCUGCGCCGCUUCCCAGCCGACGCGGAGUGCUGGCGGCGCCAGGCGGCGGCUUUGCGGCGGGAGGAGGCGAGGCUAUUGGCGCAGCGAGAGGAGUGGGCCCACCAGGUGGCGGUGCCGGCGCUGGGGCGCACGCAUCUGCUGGCCGGCUGCCCCGAGGACUUCUUGCUACACGUGGCCGGGCAACUGGCGGAGGAGGCCUGGGACCCUGACCAGGAGAUUGUGGCCUGCAACACCGCCGGAGAUUCCAUGCUGGUGGUACUGGAGGGCCUGGUCGAGCUACGUUCCAAAUCUGGCAAAGAGAUCGGUUGUCUUGGGCCUGGGGGAGCCUUCGGGGAACCAGAGGCGCUAGGCCUCCUGUCUUACCGCACAGUCACCGCCAAGGCGGUAUCGGCGUGCCGGCUACUGGCAGUGAGCUACGAGGCACUCACUACUGCGCUAGCGGCUCCCAGCGCCCGUGUGCUCAAGGAGGGCUUCAAGCAGCUGGUCCAAGGCCGCAGGAAGCAGGUGCAGCAGCAUUCGCCCUUGGGUCAGCUGCUGAACCUCCGGGGGUCUUUGGACGAGGACACCGGGGCGCAGCUUCUGUCGCUGAGGGCCGAGCGGCUGCCACUGGAGCUAGGAACCUGCUGGCAGCCGGCCGCCGAUUCGGAUGAGUCUGGGCCAAGGCUGUCCUUCGUGGUGCGUGGCCGCGUGGCGCUGGAGCUGGAGACCGGCGGCCAGCCGGUGGACUUCCACGUGAAGCCGGGGUCUGUCGUCCCGGAGGGCAUGCUGGCGGCGAAUGGCGCGUUUCUGCGCGCCAUGUCGUCAGACUGCGAGGUCUUCCGCGUCUGGCACUUCGACUUGCAGCAGGCGGCCUUCAUCACUCCACAGGCCCCGGAUUGGUUCUACCAGCUGCGCGUGCUGGAGCAAGAGACUCGGAGCUGGCUCCAUGCUCGCCUGGUGAGCGCGCGCGGCCUGCUGCAGAACCGUGCGCCGCACCCAGCCACGGAGCAGAUCCGCGGGUGGGCGGAGAAGAAGCGAGAGAGUCUCAGGCGUGCACGUGAGCUCCAGGAGCAGUUUGCGGAGAACUACUUGGGGUCAAAGCUGCCGCUGCUGCCUCCGAAGAAGCUGGGCACCACUGCCUUUCGGAGUUGGGGCGAGCUGCCGAAGCCCGCCAAGCCUGCCAAAGCGCAGGGCCCAGGCGCGGAGGCCUUCCGCGCGCUCCGCCUGGCGCGGAGCGCGCGGAGCGCGCGGAGCGCCCCGCGGCUGCCGCCGGCCUGGCCGAAGCGAGGUGAGGCUGCCGCCGGUGAGCGCCCUUAGCGCCCGUGCCAAGGGGGUGUGUUCCGCGGCUUUUUGGAGGCUCGGUACGCCGC